AUGUGGUCGACCUUGGAAGCGCAAGGCCUGCAGGCGUCGGGCGCCGCGCUCGUCGUCGUCGUCGCGCUCCUCGUGCGCUGGCUCGUCUCGCUGCAUCCGUACUCGGGCAUGGGCCUGAGUCCGAUGUUCGGCGACUACGAAGCCCAGCGCCAUUGGAUGGAGCUCACGUUCCAGCUGCCUGUGUCGCGCUGGUACCAUUACGACCUCUUGUACUGGGGCCUCGACUACCCGCCGCUGACGGCGUACGUCUCGUACGUCUGCGGCGCGGUGGCUAGCAUAGUCGAGCCUGCGCUCGUGGCCUUGGACGCGUCGCGCGGCUACGAGACCGUGACGAGCAAGGUGUACAUGCGGGCGACCGUCCUCGCCUGCGACCUCGUCGUCUUCAUACCGUCGCUCGCGCUGCUCGCCAAGUGCAUCUAUCACAAGCAGUGGAUGCUUCGCAUGGAGCUGCUCAUGCUCAUGCUAUUGCAGCCCGCGUUCAUCUUGAUUGACCACGGCCACUUUCAGUACAACAACGUGUCGCUGGGCUUGACGACGCUCGCAGUUGCGUGCAUUUUGCGCGAUUAUAACUUUGUCGGCGCCAUUUGCUACUGCCUCGCGCUCAAUUUCAAGCAAAUGUCGCUCUACUACGCGCCGGCCAUCACGUUCUACCUCUUGGCCAAGUGUUGGUAUGGCCCUCGCUUCCUAUCCCUCUUUGCCACGCUUGCGACGGCUGUUGUGCUGACGUUCUCGCUGCUCUGGGCGCCGUUUUGCGUCGUCUCGGCUACAACCUGCGUCGACGGCCUUGCCCAAGUGCUGCACCGCAUUUUCCCCAUCGGACGCGGCCUCUUUGAAGACAAGGUGGCCAACGUCUGGUGCUGCCUUGACCUCUUCCUCAAGCUGCGGCAGCGCGUCGCCAGUCAGGAGCACCUCGUCUACCUCUGCACGCUCGCCACGCUUCUCGCCUUUCUCCCGUCCAUUGUCGACCUCCUUCGACGACCACCGAGCCGCACGCGCUUCUUCCUCAGUCUCUUCAACUGCUCGAUGGCCUUCUUCCUCUUCUCGUAUCAAGUGCACGAAAAGUCCAUUCUGCUGCCGCUCCUGCCCAUGACGUACUUGCUGUCGGAAGCGUCGCUGGUCGCGAGCCACUUUGGGGCUGUCGCGACCUUUAGCAUGUACUUUUUGCUCGUCAAGGACGGACUCUUUGUCCCGUAUGUGGCCGGCAGCCUCGGCUACGUCUGCUUUGGCAUCUACCCGUACCUCACGUCGUCGCGGUUGCAUGCAACGGUCAACGUCUCGGCGCCCGGUAUCGAUACCGACGGCCGCGCUGGCAACGCAUCUUCGUGCUCGUACGACGUGUCGCUUUGCGGUAUGCUCGUGCUGCACUUGGUCGCUGCGAUCGUGCCACCGCCCGCCAAGUACCCGCACGUCCACCAGUACCUCUUCGCGCUCUACUCGUGCGCUCACUUUGUGCUUGCGCUCGUCUACACAACGUACUGGCAGUGGACGCUCCGAGACGUCGCCAAGGGCAAGACGGACUAG